AUUAACCAUACUCUCACCUCGUUUCUUUUUGAACGAAGAGAAGGCACAAUUGCGGUAUUAGCAGCUUGCUGUUAUAUCAUCAUCUUCAGAAUUUAUAUUCUCUCUGUUGUCUGUCUGUAUUUUAAUUCAACAGAAGAAUCACUCAACUACAACACUUGCAAAUACUGCUGCUCUGCAUCAUAUUUAGUUUUUUAGGUUCUUGCAAGAACAUCAACAACAAUAGUAGUAGUACAAGCAAUAAUCAUUACUUUUGCCCGUACCAUUUAAAUUAUAUAUUAAUAAUUGCAUGGUCAUCAUUACGAGCAAGAAGAAAAUAGAAUUUUAGCAAUUAACAACAUCAUCAAAAACAUUAUUAAAACCACCAAUUUAUAGUAGUUAAAUAGAUUGAGAAUGGGCAAUAGUAACGCAAAAAAGAUUUUUGAACAAUUAGAUAAGGAUAAAUCUGGGAAAGUAAGCUUGACCGAGUUGCUUCUCACCAAUGAUGAGAUCACUUCUCCAUUCUCCUCUCUUACUACUCUUUAUCAUUUUGACUUGGGAAAGGAAGGAAAAUUGAAUUACAAGGAAUUUGCAGAAAUGGACAAGUUUGUGCAACGUAUCAAACAACAAGUAGAAAAGGAAACUGAAGACAAGGAAAAACAUCAUCAAGAUGCUCACCACUCUGCAACAAGUGAUGUUGCUUCCAUCAUUAGCAAGCUCUUUGGUAGAUCAAACAGUCAUUCUGAAGGACUUGACACUCACGAGUCUCAUCAUCGUUCCAUUGAUUCCCAACAUUCCCUUUCAUCACUCGCUUCUGGUAGUGUCUCUCCAACAUCUGCUGAGAAGUUUUCUGUAAAGUUUUUCUCUUCUCCAGCCAAAUCUCCAACUUCAGCUUCAUGUAAGAGAGUUCACGAUACCAUGUCAGACCUUGUAAAGGAUCGUGUUACCUUUGAAUUAUUACCAGCUCUCCACAAGGAAAUGUUCUGUAAAGAAGGAAGAAAGAGAUUUUUGGAUUGGCUUUUCAAGUUGUCUGACAGCACUCUAAGUGGAAGAAUAUCUAGAAAAGAAUUAGAGGUUAUUCUUAGAGCUGUUCAAAAGGAUGGCAUUGACCUUGAAUGUCUUUUAUUUGAUACUGAUAGUGAUGAAGAACAUCCUGCUGAUGUACUCUCUCCAACCACUGAGUCACAUGAUGAAGCACAAAAAUUAAAGAAAUUGGUGGAUAGAAUAAUGGAAGAGUAUGAUAUUGAAGGACAUGGUUAUUUAAAUCAACACGAAUUCACCAAACUAGGAGAAAUCAUUAUCACAAAAUACGAAGCUUUGAGACUUGAAAACACUGAUGCCAAAAUUAUUGGUGAUUGGAAAAUGACACACGUUCUUGGACGUGGAGGUUAUGGUGUAGUAAGAUAUGCUCACCACGUUGACGAUUACAACAACAAGAGAGCUAUUAAGAUCAUCAAGAAGGGUAAUGUCAGUGACAUGUCAAGAUUGGAUGUAGAAAUCCAAUCAAUGCAAAUGCUCAAACACAAGAAUGUUGUCCAACUCUACGAAGUUUUAGAAGACGAUGAUUAUGUUUAUCUUGUUAUUGAACUUUGUGGAGGUGGAUCUCUUUAUGAACACCUUAAGGACAAACCAUUUGAUGAAAAUCUUGCAAGAUAUUACUUUGAUCAAUUGAUUGAUGGUUUAAGUUAUUGUCACCAAAUGGGAGUUUGUCACAGAGAUUUACGUUUAGAAAACUUGUUACUUGACAAUGAAGGCCAUUUAAAGAUUACAGAUUUUGGACAAGCAAGAAUUUUCAAAAAGGGUUGGGAUCUCUUUUCAACUCAGCUAGUUGGUAGUUUAUAUCAUCUUUCUCCUGAACAAAUUGAAGGAAAAGUCUAUUCAGGUGAAAAGAUUGAUAUUUGGAGUGCUGGUAUUAUUCUCUAUUGUUUCGUUACUUCCAAAUUACCAUUCUGUUCAUCAGAUGUGAAUAGCAUGUUUGAUGACGUUAAAAAUUCGAGAUACACCUACCCAGACGAUGUUGAAGUUUCCAUGGAAUGCCAAGAACUGAUAUUUGGUAUGCUUCAACCAAAUCCAAAGACUAGAGCAAAUUUGAAACAAAUUAGAGAACACAGAUGGACUAAGGGUCCACAAUAUCAACCUCAAUUAAUGGUGGAUAGAUUAACAAUGGAUAAAUUUUUCGAGAAGAAUAGACACAUUACUAACUUACACAAAAUCAUUGGAAGAAUCCUUGUUGACAUUCUCAAGCAGUAUGAUUGUCAUUUCAAGGUAGAAUCCAAGAAGAAGGAUAUUAAACUUCCUACAAGUAGUAGUCAAUUAUUUAAUCCAGGUAAUGCUACAGUUAGUGAAAUGUCUAGAGAAAUGUCAAAAGAAAUGUCAAGAGAAAUGUCAUCUGAUUCUGAUCUUUCUGCCAAGAGUGAUGAUGAAAGCAAAGUAGAUGUCAAACCAACAAGAGCUACCCAACCUUUGAAACCUUCUGCUAGUUGCUCAAAUUUAGAUAUCAGCUUAGCAAGACCAUCCAAGAAACCUCAACUUUCCAUCGAUACAGGUGUCAAAAAGUCAACAACUCAAGCUUUGAGUACUGAUGCUUCACCACUUCUUCUCCAACCAUUCCUUGUUUUGAGAUGUAUGCAUGCUAAGAAGGAUGUGAAAUUCCUGAUUACAGCAGAAGAAACCGUUGAUGGAGGAUUGGACAUUAUUUUCGUUUUGAGGGAUGGUGAAACCAAAGAAUUCAAGAACAAAGUUAACAAGAUAAAACCAGAGCUGAUAGCCAGAUUAUCUUCGUAGUAUCAACCUAACUAAACUUUUUUAUUUAUUAAG